AUGGCCGCCGAUGUGACUGAGGGCUCUCUUCGUGCCACUGGCAUUGCCAUGCUGGUCCUCACCACUUUUGUCAUCGUCCUCCGCAUUUUGGGCAACCUACAGCUGUGGUACCAAGGCCGUCUCGCCGUCAACGGGCAGUGGUGGCACGAAAUCCGGAUGGAAGACAUCUGGCUGUUGCUCUCCUACCUGUUCUUCGUCACCGUCUCCGUCCUGUACCUCUACAUCGUCCCGGCCUUCUUCCGACUGACCCUUCUGGGCGAAGGUCUCAUCGAACCCUACGCAACUGCCACCGAGGAUGCCCUGUUCAUCCAGAAGGGCCUCUUUGCUGCCUCCGCCUGCCUCUGGUUCUGCCUCUGGUCCGCCAAGUUCUCGCUGCUGUGCAUGUACAAGAAGCUCUUUGACAAGCUGGCCCAGUACAACCGCCUGUGGUGGGCGCUCGUCAUUUUCUCGACGCUGGCUCUAGUCGGCUGCAUCGUCACGCUGUUCGAGGCCUGCGAGAACAUGACGGCCUGGUUCUCCGUCGGCGCCUGCGUGUCUCAGCGUGACAUUGUCCACGCUGCCAUCAGCAUGUGGUACGGCUACGCCGUUGACCUGCUGACAGAUUUGCUGAUCAUGGCGCUGCCUCUCCGUCUGCUCAUCGGCCUUCAAAUGCCCUUGUCCCGCAAAAUUUCCAUUUCAUGUCUGUUUUGUCUCGGUUUCGUCUGCAUCAUCGCCUCGACCAUUCGUGUUACCCAGAUCAAUAACGGCACGCGCCAGCCUACUGUGCCUUGGUUGGCCCUUUGGGGUACAGUUGAAUCAGCCACAGCCGUCGUCAUUGCCAACUCCCCGAAUUUGUACCGCACCAUCAAGCGGCAAACGUCGCGUGCCAAGUACUACGGCGGGCACGGCAGCUACGAGAACACCGGUGGCAGCGGCAGUGCCCGGCCCCAACUGGCAACCAUCGGAGGCACCGGUGGCCGCAGCUCGGGCUUUCCAAGCCGCAACCGCGGCACGAACAAUGACAAAGACAACACUGACGACGUCGAGCUCAAGAGUUUUGGUGGCAGCGCCGGCAGCAACCACAGCCAAGCUGGCGACGGUGGUGUGAAUGGCGGUGCCUCGUACUCCGGUGGCCGCAAUCCAGCAAAUAUCGGCUUGGUCGACCCGGACAACAGCAGUCAAGAAGGGCUCGUGGAUGAGUUGCGUCGCGCUAACGGCGGCAUUGUCAACGUGACCGUCAGCGGUGGGAAAAUGAACGCCGCUGGUGACGUCGGAGGCGGAAACUGGCAGGGAGGAGGGAUUGUUGUGACCAAUACACACGUACUGCAGCGGACAGAGGGCAACAGCUAA